AUGCCUCCAUCCACUCUGCCGCAAGACACUCUAAGACGCCGAGUUUGCCCGCACCCUGGGUGCAAUGCACGCCCCAGAACCGCCCGUGCGCUAACCUACCACCUCCGCUCAAUCCACGGCGAUACUAUCAUUCAGCGCACAUCGACGAUCGACCAUCGAUCGACACCCAGCCCCGAACCCAAUGAAGUCUUUGACUUCGGUGAACCAGAUACUAUACCAGCCUCCCCGCCUCCGCCCCCCGCACCCUUCUUUGGCGACAAAUGCAGGUGCAGGUCAUCAACAAGGUCAACGACUGAGGCAUCCAUUCCUCACAGGUGUGUCCUUUGCUGUGAGAUUUGCCACGACACUGAUUAUCCAGCAGGGCGCCCGUGCAAUGCAAACGGCGACUAUCUUCCGCCUGGGACACCGCCUCCACCUCGCACAGCGGCAGAACCUAAUGAUUGGUCUCCAUACAACGACGAAGUACGCUUCGAGCUGGCCGACUUACUCUUUCGAAAGCAGCAGUCCUCCCAAAAGCAUAUCACGGAGCUUUUGCGGAUUUGGGCCAUCGAUCGACAAAGACUGGGAGCAGAGCUGGGUCCCUUCCGCGACUACCAGGAGAUCUAUGACACAAUUGAUUCUACACUUCUCGGCGAUGCACCAUGGAAGUGUCUUGUGAUGGACCCGCUUACCGACGACGCCAGUGCCCCCACAUGGGCCCGACGGUCUUACGAGGUCUGGUAUCGCGACCCGGCGACCAUCAUCAAGAAUAUGCUCGACAAUCCCGCAUUCGAUGGGGCUUUCGAUACUGCUCCCUAUAUCCACCUCGAUGCUGAUGGUAAACGACGCUGGCACGAUUUUAUGUCUGCCAAUUUCGCAUAUCGCCACUCUACUACCAUCUAUGAAAGCGACCCAUCGACGGAGGGGGGCGAUUUGUACCAUGCAUCGUUGGCCAAGGUCCUUGAGUCAUUGAAGCCAGGGAUGACAACCCCGAUUGUUCUUCGUUGCCCUGAUGGCCACUACCGUCGUGCGAUAUAUGACUUCGGCCUGUUUAUUGCGGAUUAUCCCGAGCAGGUAAUGCUUGCGUGUAUUGUCCAGAAUUGGUGUGCAAAAUGUAGCGCUUUGGCUACAGAGCUUGAUGGUGAUAUCGGUGUUCGCCGAACUAAGGCCCGGAAUCGUGAACUGAUUAGCAUAUACGAUGGAGACCAAAAAACGCUGUGGGACUCAUAUGGUAUGAACAUCGAUGUCAUUCCUUUUACGCAGGACUUCCCCCGAGCGGACAUUCAUGAGAUGCUCUCUCCCGAUCUUCUUCACCAAAUGAUCAAAGGUACAUUCAAAGACCACCUGGUGACUUGGGUCGGCGAAUACCUUUAUCUUACGCAUCCUCCUGCUGUUGCCGAUGGUAUCAUGGAUGAAAUUGACCGACGCAUCGCUGCAGUGCCUGGUUUCCCAGGUCUGCGUCGGUUUAAAGAUGGUCGCCGUUUCAGCCAGUGGACUGGCGAUGACUCAAAAGCGCUCAUGAAGGUGUAUCUGCCUGCGAUCAAGGGUCUUGUACCUGACCCAAUUGUGCUGGCGCUACGUCACUUUCUCGAUUUCUGCUACUUAGUUCGUCGCUCCGACUUCAACGAGGACAGCCUAGCAGCAAUUGAGCAGACGGUCAUCGAGUUUCAUCGCUGUUGCGAGGUCUUUCGUCAGCUUGGAGUGCGAGAGGAGUUUUCCCUUCCACGUCAACACUCAAUGAAGCAUUAUGGGGCAGAUAUCCGUGAGUUUGGAGCACCAAAUGGUGUUUGUUCUUCAAUGACGGAGUCUCGCCACAUCACUGCUGUGAAGGAGCCUUGGCGCCGUUCGAGCCGCUUUGAGGCGCUCGGUCAAAUGCUGUUGACAAAUCAGCGGCUGGAUAAACUCACGGCUUCAAGGGCCGACUUUGUCGAACGUGGAAUGCUGGUCUCCGAGGUGAAGGAUUUGCCCGACAAUCGAACCUUGGAGGAUGACAAGGAGGAGGAUGUCUCAGAUGAGCUGCGCGUUGAUGCUCAUGUUCUUCUUGCUCGUACAAGAGAUCGCUCAUACCCUCAGAGAAUCCAUUCUCUGGCUGAGCAUACUGGCUGGCGGCAGCUUCCGCAGCUUGUCCAAGCAUUUCUUGAAGACCAACUCUACGAUGGCCGACCACCUACUGCCUACAACUCGGAUUCUGAUGAUGACAUUGAUGUCAAGGACCUGACAAUCUCCGUCUUCCAUUCCGCUGUCGCUUCAUUCUAUGCACCCAGUGACAUUUCCGGUAUUCGAGGUAUGCGACGCGAGUGGAUUCGGUCCACUCCACGUUGGCGAGGAUCUGGUCAACGCCGAGAUUGUGUGUAUGUGGUUGAAGAUGAAGCGUCGAGUGGGUUCCGCGGAAUGAGCGUGGUGAGAGUGCAACUACUCUUUUCAUUCAUUUUUGAUGCUGUCACCUAUCCAUGUGCCCUGGUGGAAUGGUUCAAGAAGGUCGGCCGCUCCCCCGAUCCAACAACCGGCAUGUGGCUGGUUGAGCCCGAGCAACAGGGCAAUUCACGUUUGGUCACUGUUGUGCAUCUUGACAGUGUGCUUCGUGGCGCGCAUCUGAUCCCAGUCUUUGGAGAGCGGCGUCUUCCCAUCGAUUUCCAACACACAUACUCCUUAGAUUCCUUUCAAAGCUUUCAUGUAAACAAGUAUAUAGAUCAUCAUGCAAAUGAGAUUCUAUUUUAA